UCCCAACUCGCAUCCGGCCUCCGCCGGGCCUGGUUCCGGCGUGCGCCCUGGAAUUCAUCCUUUUGCCGUUGUUGCCGCCGCGAUGUUGUUAGUUUCUCUAGUCCGGGCUCGUUGCUUCACCCGGGUGUUCGGCCGUUCGCUCUGUGCCGUUCAGCAGGGAAACUGUCCACAGGCAAAGCGUUGGCUCUCUGGGAUUUCUCGAUGCCAGGCUCUGGUGUAUGCUAACAGCAGGAAGCAUUUGCUAAAUAGUUCUCGUGUCUUCACUAUCCGUUAUUUCAGAACUUCAAAAGUAUGCAGGGAGGAAGUUGUCACAGUGAACACACCAGCAUUUGCAGAAUCUGUCACAGAGGGAGAUGUCAGGUGGGAAAAAGCUGUUGGGGAUACUGUAGUAGAAGAUGAAGUGGUAUGUGAGAUUGAAACCGACAAGACAUCUGUGCAGGUUCCUGCUCCAGCCGCUGGUGUAAUUGAAGUUCUACUUGUCCCUGAUGGAGGGAAAGUAGAAGGAGGAACACCUUUAUUUAAACUCAGGAAAACUGGAGCUGCACCUGCCAAAGCCAAGCCAGCAACAGCCCCUGCAGCAGAGCCCGUGGCUCCUGCAGCACCACCAUCUCCAGCUCCUGUAGCACCUCCCUCUGAAGCACCAAUUCCCACUACAAUGCCUCCAGUGCCCCCAGUGUCAGCACUCCCUGUUGAUGCUAAACCAGUGUCUGCAAUAAAGCCAACUGCAGUGCCAACAGCUUCUCCUGCUGUGGAACCUGGGACUGGCAAAGGUGCCAGAUUGGAACAAAGGGUAAAGAUGAACAGAAUGCGUCAACGCAUUGCUCAGCGGCUGAAAGAGGCUCAGAAUACAUGUGCCAUGCUGACCACUUUCAAUGAAAUUGACAUGAGUAACAUCCAGGAAAUGAGAGCCCGGCACAGGGACAGCUUCCUGAAGAAGCACAAUAUGAAAUUAGGUUUUAUGUCUGCCUUUGUGAAAGCUGCAGCCUUUGCUUUGCAAGAGCAGCCUGUUGUGAAUGCAGUGAUUGAUGAUACAACCAAAGAAAUGGUAUACAGAGAAUAUGUGGAUAUCAGUGUUGCAGUGGCAACUCCUAGGGGUCUAGUGGUCCCAGUCAUCAGAAAUGUAGAAACGAUGAAUUUUGCUGACAUUGAACGUGCAAUAAAUGAGCUGGGAGAGAAGGUAAUUACUCUGAAAAGAUCUUCAAAAGAUACAGUAUAAUCCACAUGUUGUUUU